AGUCACUUGCAGGUCCGAGGGCCUCAGUUUCCUUCUGCGCACAAAGUGGGGCGGGUCAUUAGGAAGGCUGGUCUACGAGCCUUAGUUAUGUGGGGAGAGACGGGAAAGAGAACUGGGCUUACCUUCUAAAGAGCAAAACAACCACCACCACACCCUCGAGUAGAUACAAGGCAACGGGGGCCGGGCUCCCACGAAAACAGGAGGGAGGGAAAGAGGAGAGACCCAGAGCCCAAGUCUUGGGACCCAGAGAGAGAGAGAGAGAAGUCCGGGGCUUCCCAUCCGGGUAAGCCUCCUGCACCCGGGGCGAUGGCUACGGCCAAGGGCCAGAUGAUGUUUCCCACCCCAUGAGCAUGUUUCAGAUCCCAGAGUUUGAGUCCAGUGAGCAAGAAGACAGCCCCAAAGAAGAGGCCUGGGCCCCAGGGGAGCCCAGGGGGUUGGGCAGGCACAGCUCCACCGCCCCCUGCCUCACCCCCAUCAGGCCAGGACACAGACCAGCAGCUGGGACCCAUCAUCAUGAAGGCGCAGGCGCAAGCGCAGGCGACCGGAGGCCCCGCCUGAUCUCCUACCCCCCACUCCAGGAGGGGUCUGGGGAGGUGAGUCCCGAAGCCGAGGCCGAGGCAGAGCGGUCCGAGGGGGAGGAGGAGCGCGGCCAGUUCCGGAGCCGCUCCAGCUCAGCGCCCCCUAUCCUCUGGGCCGCGAGGCGUUAUGGCAGUGAACUUCGCAGGAUGAGCGACGAGUUUGAUUGCACCUUCAAGGGACUUCCCCGCCCGAAGAGCGCCGGCACUGCAAGCCAGAUGCGUCGGAGCUACGCCUGGACCCGCCCCUUCCAGUCUUGGUUUGGCCGGAAUUUGGGGAAAGGAGGCGGCGGUCCUACCCACUGACCCCCGCCCCUUCCCCUUCUUCCCAGUCAUCCCAACCCUGAAGUAGUUUGGCGGCCAUGUUGGAUAAGGGCGGACGUGCUCUGCUUUCUACUUCCAGAGGCCGGAAGCAAGUGUGAAAGUGCAGAGAGUCAGGGAGCCAAUGGCGUGACUGGAAUCUACCUGAGCCAUGCGAAUUACUUGGGGAGCCCGGGCGCCGGCCGGCCAAAACAACAGUAGGCCGGCCUUUUCCGCCCACAGCCAACAUGGUGGCCGGAAGCGGCCUGCGACUAGACUUCCAGGCCCACCCCUAAACACCGGCUUAUGGGCGGGGCCUCGCUAUGCCUGCGCCUUACUCAGAGCCGAGAUUAACCAUUUCUUCCCCGGGGAGCUGCCUUAGUAGCGGAUUCUUGGGUUUUCUGUGUGAGUGUGAGAAUAAAGCUGAAGUCAUUUGUU